CUCGGUCUAUUGCUGCAGACGACACUCACACGGACGACAAGGAGGUGGCCCGACUCCUCCUACUUCAAUUGUUUUCAGUUUUUGUAGUGUAUUGGCCAAUUUUCCGUUGAAGAAAUGAAAGCUUAUUAUAGCUUCUUGUUCCUAGGAUUACUAGGACUUUCUCUUGGUCAGGGAUAUGGUGGCUCAUCUCAUGGGUCUAGUAGUGGGUUUCCACUUGUAGACCCCUUUAGUUCAGAUGACUAUGGGGGCUCUUCCGUUAUUAUGUUGGACACCAAUGAAGGUUUCGGCCUCCCAGGUCCAGGUCCCAGUGAGGAGUACCCAUCUCGUACUCCUAAGCCAAAGAGGGGUGCCGGUAUUGUGCAGGGCUCGGAAAUUGGUCUGGAAGUUUCACAUGGAAGGAAUGAAGAGAAAGUUGAUCCUCAGGGAGAAGAUAUCCAGGUAUUGUUUGAAGGACGUCCAGUCAAAAUCUUUUGCAACCUAACUGCAGAAGGUGGAGAAAAUGGCGUUGCACCCAAAACUGAUAUUCCCAUUGAAUGGUUCAAAGAUGGUAAUAAAAUCCUUGAAGGUGAGAGGUACAAGAUAUUUCGGGAAAACUUUACUUUGGUGAUUGAGGAUGCACAGAAGAAGGAUGCUGGGGACUACAGGUGUGAGUUGAAUGCUGAAACUAAGCUUUCAAGAGACCAUAAAAUUAUAUUUUUGGAAAUAAGGAAGAUGGAUAAGAGCCAAAAUGUGGAUGAGAAGCAGCAGUUAGUUAUUGAAUGUCCUGUUGAUGGUAUACCUGAGCCAAGUGUUAUGUGGAUGAAAAAUCAAAAACCAAUGUAUGAGCUGAUGGCUAAUGACAGUCGAAUUUCCAUGACCCCCAAUUCUAAAAACAUUACCAAUGGAACACUGAUCAUCUCUAGUGCUGAGUGGAGAGAUCGUGGCAACUACUCAUGCAAUAUUACAAGCUUUACUUACAACUUUGAGAAGUGGACUUUCCUGAGGGUCAAAGAUGUGUAUGCUGCCCUGUGGCCAUUCAUUGGAAUUGUGAUUGAAGUGGUGAUUCUUGGCAUCAUCAUUGUCAUCUUUGAGAAACGUCGCGCCAAGGCUGAAUUUGACGAGUCUGACACUGACCAAGGAAAUGAUCAGAAAAACAGUGGGAAGGAUCGGCGGAGGAAGUAAGUAGAGAUCUAGGCAAUGCUACAAGACAUCAGUUAAUAAUUUUCGCCUUUCUCAUUUGAGAGCGUUAAGUAAGAAAAAGUAGGCGCAUGCAUUAUUAAAGUAGCUAGCCUUAAAAACCAAAGAAUUUUGUCACAAAUUUAAAGUUUACCUCUUGAUUUUAGACGUAGUCUGCUUGAGUUACCCCUGGCACAUUUUAUCAUAAUAUUUGAGUACUGGUAUUGAUGCUGCUGUUGAAGUGGUAAAAUAACAGAACGGUUGAGAUGAGUGCAUUUAACAUGACUUGAGAGCAUCAUAUGGACAGAUGCACAUAACUGUGUGCCAGUUUGCAAUGAAGAGUGUGGCACGUUUUCCAUUUUUAUUUGUUUAUAUUUUUUUUUUCUUUCCCAAAGCUGUGUUGUUCCAGUUGGAAACUCUAGUGUAUUAAGUGAUACAAUUCUUGAUCAAAAUCCUUUUUUUUAAAGUGUUCUUUGUUAUGGUUUUACUGAUGAUACUGAAGUAGCCUUACUACUAGUAAAAGAAAUUUACUAUGUGAUGGUUGAUGGUAUGAUCAAUCCCUUUUUGUCAUUGGUAAUAUGACCAUGGACUCCACAUGACCAAAAGUCAGUGAUGAUUAUUACACUCCAAGUGAUGCAAUUUGUGACAAAAGUCCCACUAAAAUUUCACCUAUAAAGAUAUUUCAACAUUUACUCCUUCAUGGUGUUUUAUGGUGAAUCUUAAUGCUAGAAAUAAGUGAAAAUAACACUUACAAGAGCAUUAAACUAGCACAAUAAACUUUUCAAAUACUGUAGUUUACCAUUUUCAACGUAAUGGUGUUUUUGACCUUAAGUUCGUAAGUGUUAUAUUUGCAUGGUAUGGAAUUUUAGUUACAUGUACAGGUGUAGAGAUUGGAAGCCAUUCUCGAGGUAAUCUUGAUUAUUUUCCUUUUGGACUGUGUAGAAUAAACCUAGCUGUUUAUUCACACACUUACCUCAUUUUUAUUGAUCUUUGUUUCUCUUUUGGUACUAGAUUCGGUGAUUAGAGAAGGAAGGUACUGAACUCGAUACAAAUAUUUUAUCCUCGUGCUUUGUUGUGAUUAAGGUGAAAGUGAAUGAAAUUUAUGUUGGUGAAAGAUAAAUUUAAUUGAAACAAAAGUAGAAACUUUUUCUCAUACAACUGCUCUUGCUUGGUCUAUAAUUAUCAUGAAAUUUCAUCUUGGAAAUAAGAAGUCAGUUGAAUUCUGUGGGUGGUCGUGUAAGUUUGUUAGUUAGUAUAAGUGGUGUUUCAAAGAUUACUAGUAAUUUUGUGAGGGUAAUUUUUUAUUUCAAAUGGUGUCACUUUCAUCUUAUUACAAGAAUCACUUCUAAAAUGAUUUAUUUUUUACCCCUUAAGAAUUAUUUUUUGAUAACCAGGUUUUGUAACACUGAAAAAAAUCCUAUGAGUUGAUGAAGGGCCUUUUGCUUGUCAUGCAGUCUGGAAUGGUGAAGGUCUUUUCAUUCAUCAAAACAUAAGGUUUAUCAGGCUUCAUCACUCAACAUAACCUGAAAUGAUGAAUCCUAACCAUUUAUUAGGUACUGGAAAGAAUAAGGUUUAUUAGUUUACUAGUUCUUCAACGUAGAAUCCAAAAGAAUCUUGUUGCUGUGGAGAACAUCUGAAGAACUUGAAGGAGAUCUUCUAGCUUUAAGCAGAUGUAGAUGUAUGGUAAGGUUUUGUCUUUUACAAAAGAUGGAUUGUGCUUUGUUACAACCUGGCUUGCUAGGUUUACAAGACUUGCUAGGCUACUCUGCUUGGCUUUGCUAGAGGAGAAGUAUGAUUAGUUAGUUCUUAGGCUGUAUUUCCUUUUUUGAAUAAUAUAAAAUUAAGGUUUCAGUGCAACUAUAUACCAUAUUGUAGGAAAUCAUAAAUCCAUAUGAAAUACUGUAUAUGUUGUUUAUUAGUGGGAGGGGUGUACAUUAUUUGCUUAAGGAUCAUAGGUACAGUAGUAAGGUGCAUUAGCAAUCAUAAUCUUCUUUUACUAAGAGGUUAUUUGUUGUUACUUUCUUUUGGUACUAUGAAAUGUUUUUAAUGAGAUUGUUACUAUGGGUUGCUCAUGCACUUUCAUAAUUCUGGGUACCUUUGUCUCGCAUCUCUUCAAGGUUGUAAUAUUUCUUUUUAACCAAGGUAUACUGGUGACAGUUCAAACUGGUUAUAAGACCGAAUGUUGAAGACAGGAUUUGCUUUGUAUUGAUGUUAGUUGUUACAACAGUAUUUCUUUUAGUUAACUAUUAUUGUCACUAACAAGACUAGUUUGGGAGCAAAUAUUUAAGAAAUUGACAUUAAUUGAGCUAUACUACAUAGGAUCUCUUCAUUUCCCCCUUUUCUCUUAAUCCCAUUCAGAUAUAAUAGGAAGCUGACCAAAGACAUUAGUUUCUUCAGUGAUUUUGAUCUCAAUGUAGUUGUAAUUAUUCAAGUAAACAGUACUUAUCUGUUACUAUUCUUAGUGACGUAAGUCCCCUAUACCUACACUGUUUUUCUUGCUUAACUCCAUAUCUGUCUUUGUAUAGCUUGCAAAAUGGUCAUUAGUUUUAUGGGUUGUUGCUGUACUUUCUAGUCCCAUUUUCACUUCUUUCAUAUGUAUAUAGUCUCCAUUGUUGUUCUCAAUGCUAUUCCCAUUCUAUUCUUGUAAUGCAAAUAAAUUUUCUAGAAGUUUUAAGUGUUAUGUAUAUAUUAAAAAGACUGUCAAGACCACUUAUCAAUCAUUGGUUAAGGUCUGUUUUGAAAUGGGAAUCAUCUUACAUUGUGCACUGAAAUUACGGAACGAGUUAUAUCUUAGCAUAAGAGUAUGCAUCAAUUAUGAGUAAACACAUGAGCAAAAUUUCAUUAUUUGUGUAAGUGAACACAGAAUAAUUAAUUUCACAGUUAUACAUGCCAUGUCAGCUGUUUUAGGUGUGGUAUUGUUCAGCACAUUAUUAUUAUUAUUAUUAUUAUUAUUAUUAUUAUUAUUAUUAUUAUUAUUAUUAUUAUUAUUAUUAUGAGACUUCAGAAGAAACAGACUGCACUGAUUAGGGACAGGUAAGUGUUUUUUAAAACUAAAAACCUUCAUUGUAUAAAACAAUAAUCUUGCCAUUUAUAGAAAUGACUUGAUGUAAUGAUUUUUUUUUUUUUUUUUUUUUUUUUUUUUUUUUUUUUUUUAACCUUGCACCUUUUACCUAUGGAGGCACUAGCUGUUAUAAAUAUCCCAAGUAUAAAGUGCAAUCUCCCACUCCUUACUGUACAGUUUCAUUCUGUAUUCACUGCACCAUUUUUGAUCUGCAUGGUCUUUAGACACUUUUGUGAUUGAUUUGCAGAUUGAUAUUUGAUGAGAAUUUUUGUGAUGCACAUAACUUUUUAAUGGGUUGUGUAAUAUGUGUCGUAUACUACUUUUUAUUGAUCAGUAUCAUCUGUCCUAAACUUUUUACCCUUAAAAAUACUGGUAAAUUUCAAAUUGGUGCUUUGCAGUCGUGUGUUCUGAAGUCCUAAUUAUUUAUGCAAUUUGAAUAGGUACUGUAAAGGUUUGGUAUGCAAGUUCUGCUUAUACCAAUUACAACUUGUAUGUACACCACAUCACUAUUUAUGAAAUGGUACACUUUAAUGUGAUUUUUAAAGAAAUUUUGAGAUUGUGUAUGUAAAGAUUAAGACAGUAUUGAUUUCAUUGCCAGGUUAACGUUUUUGUGUAAGUGGUUCAACUAUUUACUGUUUGCUGGUAACCUGCCAUUGUUGAAGAUUAUAUAUCUGCUUUGUCAUGACAAAGUGUCAUUGUAAAAUACAGGCAGAAGAUCUUUUGUUUUUGUUGAAUGAUAUUGUAAAUAACAAGUUUAUCGUAUUUGUCAUUAUUUAUUGUUGCUCCUUAUAACCGGAUGUUACUAUAUGAUAAAAACAUUUGAUCUGA